AGAAAGAGUUGCUGAAAAAGGAAGACUUUGAGAGUUUUGUCAAGUACAUUGGUAACUAUGAAAUAUAUGUGAAAGAUUGGAUAUUUCAGCACAUCCUGAAAAAAAUGUCAGAGGACAAAACUUUGUGCAAACUGAAGAAUAUGAAUCUGAACGUAAUAGUUAAAAAAAAUAGCAGAGGCAAUAGAACAGGCCUCAAAAGGAGAGGAUGGCGUUCUGCUGCCAGACAACAAGGAGAGCAUCACAGAGCUCAUCAGCAACAUGCGCAAAUAUUUGACUAAAGACAUCUCACUUUCAGUGGAGGAUGAAAAAACCACCUUGUUCCAAAUCCAAAGUCCAUGCCAUCCGUUUAUUAACAGCCUCAAGAUCUCAAUAGAGGACUUAAAAAAAGAACUUCAGUGGGAAUUCACAAACUCCAAGGACAUCACUGAAACAUUAAACAAGCUUCCUAUCAAACCACAGGACGAGCUGUUCAAGCAGGUGUUUGGCUAUGGACAUCAGUGUCCAUUUUGUAAAGUUCCCUGUGAGGCUGGAGGCAAAGAACAUAAGCAACAUCAUGCAGCUAUUCAUCGACCACAAGGUCUUGGUAGGUGCAGGGAUCUAGACACUAAAAAGCUAGUUGAAACACUGUGUACAACUGAUGUUCAUAGUGAAAAAAGAUUCUCAAAUGCAGACACUAAAUGGGAGUGGCAUCCUUACAAGUACUACACCAAGUACUAUCCAGACUGGCUGAUUCCUCCAGACCCCACCAUAGAGGCCCCUGACUACUGGAAGUAUGUCCUGGUACAAUACAAUGACAGAUUUUCUAAAAGAUACAAGGCAGAGCCAGCUGAUGUUCCAGAGGCCUGGAGGAGAAUCACAAAGGAACAAGCACUGAAAGGUCUGAAUGAUGCCUUCAACAUGAAGUGAACAACACACAAUGCUGACAAAUAUCUUUAAACAAAACAACAUUUAAUCAUGCAAGAACUUUUCAUAAACAUAUGUAAAGUUUGGAGAAGCCGAAAAGAAUACAGAGCCUGAACAGUCAAGGUAUUCAGCAGAACAGUCAAAUUAAUGAUAUAUAUAUUAUAUAUAUAUAUUAAUGCUGUGCACAGUAAUGAGGUUGACAAUGACAAUGAUAAAGAAAAUGAUAAUGAUGGCAAAAUUCAUAUGAAACAGUUUAGUUUUUCUAUAUUCAUCUUUUUGGCUGUUUGUCUUUCUUCCCCUUUUCAAGUUACAAUAUGCAAUAAACAGUGUGUGGUUUGCAACAAUUACGACGCUGAAACAAACUAUUGAGCAUGCAAGAAAAUGAUGAUGCUAUAGGUUUGUGAAGCACAAAGAUCAUUUGAUGAGAUGUUUUCUUUUCUUAACAUUUGCCUGUUAUUAACACUGUUACUGUGUACCUGAAGAUUGAAUAAAUCAGCAUUAGCUGAAAUGUAUCCAA